CACGCUCCCAUUCCUCUGAGCUGAUCCCCGGGUGAACAUCCGAGACCCGAAGUCUGACUCUGGACAGAACAAGAGAAACUACAGUCGGUUUAUCGAGCUUUUCGGUCAAAGUACCAAAUAACGACCGUGCGUAAUUACGCGUAAAAAAACCACCAUGAGUGCCACAGCCGCGAUGGAGGUGAACGCCGAAGCCCGACGGAUCCUGGCGGUGUCGAUCAGCAAGCUGUACGCGUCCCGGAGCCAGAGGGGGGGCCUGCGGCUGCACCGGAGCCUCCUGCUGUCCCUGGUCAUGAGGUCCGCCCGGGACAUCUACCACUCCUCCCGGGAGAGCGAGCUGCAGCUGGCCGCCGCGGAGUCCAUGGAGCCCGGCUCCUGGGAUCAGAUCGAGUCCUCCUCCGAGCCCCAGACCCCCGUCGAGUCCCCGGUGGAGGAGCCGGACUGCGACGAGAAGGAGUUCGAUGGUGAAUCCACGGAGGACAAAGAGAACCAGGGUCCGGCGAGGCAGUCCAGGAAGCGCCGGGGGAAGGUGUCCGCGGCGCCGGACUUCCUCCCCAGCAAGAGGGCGAGGCUGGAGCCCGGGGAGGAGCGCUACGCGGCCGGGCUGGGGAGCUGCCGAGCCGGGGCCGUGGAGUCCCUGAGCGCCUUGUCUCUGAACCGGGUUAUACCUGCCUUCUGAACCGGGUUAGACCUGCCUUCUAGACCGGGUUAAACCUGCCUUCUGAACACAUGGAGGGAGAAGCCUCCAGUGAGACUUACGAGAGGAGGGGAUCGUCCAGGGCGAUCUGAUCCUCCUGAUCCCUGGUGGUGCCGACCUACACCGGCCCGGGACGCGACGGGUUCCCGGGGCCGGGACGCGACCUCUGCGGCGGAUCUGCGUGAUCCACACCCCGGGGAGGAGAGAGACUCAGGCCGGGGAGGAGAGAGACUCAGGCCGGGGAGGAGAGAGACUCAGGCCGGGGAGGAGAGAGACUCAGGCCGGGGAGGAGAGAGACUCAGGCCGGGGAGGAGAGAGACUCAGGCCGGGGAAGGGAACCGGAGAGGCCGGAAAGUUUGAGGGGAAAACCGAAGGGGAACUGGUUCAGUUACUCCUCUCCCCCCCCCCCCUCCCUUAGUGAUUCACCUUCACUGAGAUGAGUCCAAACAAGUGACUGCUGCUGACUCAAAGUGUGUGAAUGUGUGAUUCAGCAGAGAAUCAGUGAGUCACACACAGAGAAGAAGUGUUGAACGUUUGACCACAGACUCACACAGACUCACACAGAGACACACACAGACACACAAAUAGAGACUCACACACGAACAGGACCUCAGGGAGUUUCCUGCCUUUGUACGAGGAAAUCACACUCUGACACAGAGAGGAAGAGCAGUGGAGACACACACACACACACACAGACACACACACAUCCGGCUGCUGCUGCUGUGGACUUUAAUAGAUCAAUACUACUGCUUUGCAUUGUCCUACACACUGUGUUCACUGGUGCUCUGGAGAAGGAGAAACAUGUGUUGGGAGCAUUAAUCUAAACUUUCUGUGUUUUUUCAAGUCACUGAUGAAAUGUUCUCAACUGACAUGUGAACCAAAAACAUUACCUCAGAUAUUUCAAGCUGCUCUUUUUAUUCGUCUGAUCGAAUUCAUGUUGUAAAUAUUUGUAAUAAAAUGUUGAAAUGGAA